AUGGCCCAAACGCCCCAAGUCGCAAUUGUAGGUGCAGGCAUAGCUGGCCUCGUCCUCGGCCGUUGCCUCCUCAAACACGGCAUCCGCGCCGUGCUGUACGAGCGCGACGCCCUCAAACCUCGAUAUGGGUACUCGAUCACUCUCCAGCCGGCGGCGUAUCGACAAAUUCUGCCUGUUCUGGACUUGGACGAGAGGGGUUUUCGGCAGAGAGUGAGUGUAGAUGGUACUGCGGGUGGGGAGUCGACUCAUGGCUCGUCGUCUUUCCGAGCUACCAGGUUGAAACUCGAGGAGCUGCUUCGUGAGGGGUUGGACAUUCGGUGGGAGCAUAAACUGAUUGAGGUCGAUUCCGCUUCCUCACCUUCUGGCCUGGCGUUUGAAAAUGGCAGCAAAGCGACGUCUCAAAUCAUCGUCGGUGCAGAUGGAGUGCACUCGCAAAUCCGCAAGACUAUCUCGCCCUCUACCGAAUUCGAUAUCCUGCCGUACGCAGUGUACAACGGCAAACGACGUCUGAGUGCCGCCACUUUCCAGAGCAAAUACGCAUCCCAUUUCCGCGAGUCGUCGGUUCUUACGCACAAAUCACGCACGGGCAACAAGAACACCCUCCUUCAAAUCAGCAUUAACGAACUCACCCAAGACAAAGCGAGUCUUAGCUACGUUUUUUCUCGGCCAGCACUAUCCAACAGCGGUGAAGAUCCUCUCUUCAGACCUACAAGGCCAAUUUCCGGGGCACAGGAGAUCCCAGACCAGCUUUUCAAUGAAAUCACGCAAUUGGAUAGCCUGCCUCCUGCUCUCACUGAGAUCUUCAAACCUGAAGCAAUGAAGGAGGACAGAUUGUUGAACUGGUUGAUGCGUACUUUGUUCGUCCCGGAAGCGAAUCUGAAUGCGGCGGCGGAGAAGGGGAUAGUGCUACUGGGGGAGGCGGCGCAUGCGGGGCCGCUGCUGGGGAGUGAAGGGGCGAAUGAGGCGAUUGAGGAUGCGGUUGCAUUGGCGGGAGUUAUUGCCCAGAGCAAGGAUCUAAAGGAAUUCUAUCGCGAAACAUAUGCUGGCUGGGAGAAGGGCGUGAGAGAUGGGAGGGGAAGACUGGAUGAGAUGCAUCGGGUCGCGGAAUCUUCGAGUUUGUAG